AUGUCUUCCAGGGAGUUUGCAGCCAGUCAGCCCAUGUCUUCCAGGGAGUUUGCAGCUAGUCAGCCCAUGUCUUCCAGGGAGUUUGCAGCCAGUCAGCCCAUGUCUUCCAGGGAGUUUGCAGCCAGUCAGCCCAUGUCUUCCAGGGAGUUUGCAGCCAGUCAGCCCAUGUCUUCCAGGGAGUUUGCAGCCAGUCAGUCCAUGUCUUCCAGGGAGUUUGCAGCCUGUCAGUCCAUGUCUUCCAGAGAGUUUGCAGCCAGUCAGUCCAUGUCUUCCAGGGAGUUUGCAGCCAGUCAGUCCAUGUCUUCCAGGGAGUUUGCAGCCAGUCAGUCCAUGUCUUCCAGGGAGUUUGCAGCCAGUCAGUCCAUGUCUUCCAGGGAGUUUGCAGCCAGUCAGUCCAUGUCUUCCAGGGAGUUUGCAGCCAGUCAGUCCAUGUCUUCCAGGGAGUUUGCAGCCAGUCAGUCCAUGUCUUCCAGGGAGUUUGCAGCCAGUCAGUCCAUGUCUUCCAGGGAGUUUGCAGCCAGUCAGUCCAUGUCUUCCAGGGAGUUUGCAGCCAGUCAGUCCAUGUCUUCCAGGGAGUUUGCAGCCAGUCAGUCCAUGUCUUCCAGGGAGUUUGCAGCCUGUCAGUCCAUGUCUUCCAGAGAGUUUGCAACCAGUCAGUCCAUGUCUUCCAGGGAGUUUGCAGCCAGUCAGUCCAUGUCUUCCAGGGAGUUUGCAGCCAGUCAGUCCAUGUCUUCCAGGGAGUUUGCAGCCAGUCAGUCCAUGUCUUCCAGGGAGUUUGCAGCCAGUCAGUCCAUGUCUUCCAGGGAGUUUGCAGCCAGUCAGUCCAUGUCUUCCAGGGAGUUUGCAGCCAGUCAGUCCAUGUCUUCCAGGGAGUUUGCAGCCAGUCAGUCCAUGUCUUCCAGGGAGUUUGCAGCCAAUCAGUCCAUGUCUUCCAGGGAGUUUGCAGCCAGUCAGUCCAUGUCUUCCAGGGAGUUUGCAGCCAGUCAGUCCAUGUCUUCCAGGGAGUUUGCAGCCAGUCAGUCCAUGUCUUCCAGGGAGUUUGCAGCCAGUCAGUCCAUGUCUUCCAGGGAGUUUGCAGCCAGUCAGUCCAUGUCUUCCAGGGAGUUUGCAGCCAGUCAGUCCAUGUCUUCCAGGGAGUUUGCAGCCAGUCAGUCCAUGUCUUCCAGGGAUUUGCAGCCAGUCAGUCAUCUUCUGGUACUCUGGUACUCUCUGUACCAGUAUGUUUGGUUGUGGUAUAAUUUGUGUCUGGUUAUAUCCCAGUCUGCGUGA